GAAAAAGAAAUUGGGAGUUGAAUCUUGGAAGGGAUCACGUCUCAUGAGUCGAGCUUUUGAAGAAAUUUGAUCUUGAAUAUGGAUGAAGUUGUAUAACAGAGAAUUUUCCUAGAGAAUGAAUGAAGUGGAAAAAGAUAGAAGGACAAAACCAUUACCCCAUGGAUUCAAGCUUGGCCGCAUUUCGGGGUGUCAGUGUUAAUUUCAAAAACCAGUGGUGGUGCAGUAUUUAGUUCCUUAUCAUCUACUUUGAAACAAAAAGCAACACACCAGCCACUUCAAAUUUUGCUGUUUCAGUAGAGACCAAAGUAUUAUUGUUAUUGCUUCUACAAUUGCUAAAGAUGGAUUUGGCUAUUCCUUUACACGCUUUUAUUCCUUCACUAAACUCCGUUGCUGUUUUAAUGACAUAUUUUUUGUACUUGGCAACUGCUGGAUCUAUUUUACCUGGUAAAGUUGUGAAGGGGGUUGUAUUACAAGAUGGCACUCGACUUCGUUAUCGAUGCAAUGUAGGUUUGUUGUUGCUUGUAUUGUUGGUUGCGCUACUUGGAAUUGGUGCCCAGAUGGAUUUCGUAUCACCCACUGUGAUAUCAGAUAGAGGAUUUGAGCUGCUAUCAACAACUUUAAUGUUUGGUUUUCUUGUGACAUGGGUACUCUUUGUUACUGGGUGCAGGUCGCACAAUCAGGGUUCUUCCCUGAAGCCUCAUGUCACAGGAAACCUUCUACAUGACUGGUGGUUUGGAAUACAGCUGAAUCCUCAGUUUAUGGGCAUUGAUCUCAAAUUUUUCUUUGUUAGAGCUGGAAUGAUGGGAUGGCUACUUAUCAAUUUAUCAGUUCUGGCAAAAAGUUUUCAAAAUGGCACCUUAUCACAAUCAAUGAUCCUCUACCAGCUAUUCUGUGGGUUGUACAUCCUGGACUACUUUGUUCAUGAGGAGUACAUGACCUCCACGUGGGACAUAAUAGCUGAGAGGUUAGGCUUCAUGUUGGUAUUUGGGGAUCUAGUCUGGAUUCCUUUCACUUUUAGCAUCCAGGGUUGGUGGCUUUUGCAUAACAAGGUGGAGCUUACAACUGCUGCUGUUGUAGCAAAUUGUUUAGUGUUUUUGAUUGGAUAUCUGGUAUUCAGAGGAGCUAACAGGCAAAAACACAUCUUCAAAAAGAAUCCCAAGGCACAUAUUUGGGGUAAGCCUCCCAAGGUUAUUGGGGGCAAGUUGCUUGCUUCUGGUUAUUGGGGAGUGGCGAGGCACUGUAAUUACCUUGGGGACUUAUUGCUGGCGUUGUCCUUCAGUUUACCUUGUGGGAUAAGUUCACCGGUUCCAUAUUUUUACCCUAUUUAUCUUCUUAUUCUGCUAAUAUGGAGAGAGAGAAGAGAUGAAGUUCGCUGUGCAGAGAAGUAUAGAGAAAUAUGGGCAGAAUACUGUAGACUUGUUCCUUGGAGAAUAUUACCGUAUGCUUAUUAGCAGAAAGGUUGUGGAAUAUCUGCUCGGAGGCUUUCAGUUCAUUUUGUAUCAUUAUGUCAUUUUCUAUUGAUACUUCCCAUAAGUGUUGAGCAUUUGGAUCAAUGGCGAGUAGUCAUGCAACUUAAAUUUGCCCUGCAGUUUUAACAUGGGCCAGCUGCUGAGAUUAUUAAGGAAAAGGAUUUAGUGUGGAUACAGAAAUUGCAGGCUCCCAUGAUUUUUUAGGAUAGCAUUCUAUGCUGAAUAGCAUUUCUAUAAAAUAAGAUACGAUUUUGAGAAGCUUAUGAUACAUUUUUUAAUAGCAUUUUUUAAAA